UUUUGGACUUGCCGUAGCGGUAGCUGAUUGGUUGGCUGUCUGUUGACAUCCAAUCAUACCACGGUUUAUACCGCUGCAUAUCCUCUGUGAGGAAUCGGACGAUGGGCUGUCCAGCUGCUCACACAGUGAAUAAACACAAACUGUAGGAGCUUCCCCCCAUUUUUUUUCUCUCUUUUAUCUUCAAAUUCACUCAGACAUGGAGAAAGUUGUUAUCGUAACCGGAGCUAACAGUGGAAUCGGACUGGCCCUGUGUGAGCGGCUGCUCACAGAAGACAGCCACGUCCGGCUCUGUCUGGCCUGCAGAAACUUGGAGCGGGCGGGGGCCGCCCGCGCCGCUCUGCUGGCGUCUCACAGCACCGCCUGUGUAGAGCUACUGAAGCUGGACGUUGGCUCAAUGCAGUCAGUGCUCAGCGCUGCAGAGGAGAUCAAGUCCAGGUACAACCGUAUCGAUUUUAUGUAUCUAAAUGCAGGAAUUAUGCCUAAUCCAGCAGUUGACAUCAGAGCAUUUUUCAAAGGUCUCUUCUCCAGGAAUGUCAUCAACAUGUUUGCGACAGCAGAAGGUCUCCUAACCCAGCAGGACCGACUCAACUCAGAUGGCCUUCAGGAAGUGUUUGCCACUAACCUGUUUGGUUAUUUUCUCCUGAUCAGGGAGCUGGAGCCUCUGCUGUGUCAGCCGGGUCACACCUCCAGGUUGGUGUGGACGUCCUCCAGUAACGCCCGGCGCUCGGCUUUCAGCAUCGAGGACAUCCAGCACAGACGAGGGAAGGAGCCCUACAGCUCCUCCAAAUAUGCUUCAGAUAUGCUCAGUUUGGCGCUCAACAAGCACAAGAACCAGCAGGGCCUGUUCUCCUCUGUGAUCUGUCCAGGCCUGGUGAUGACGAACUUGACCUACGGGAUCCUUCCCUCCUUCUUCUGGACUCUCAUCAUGCCCAUAAUGUGGCUGAUUCGUAUUUUCACCAAUACCUUCACGCUGACGCCGUAUAAUGGAGCUGAGGCCCUGCACUGGCUGUUCCUUCAAAAGCCCGAGUCUCUGGAUCCAAGAGCAAAGUAUCACAGCCUGACAUCCGGACUAGGGAAAAACUACACUGAACCCCGCAGGAUGGACCUUGACGAUGAAAUGACAGAGGUCUUCUAUUCAAAGCUUGUUGAGCUGGAGAAAGCAGUCAGAAGACAGCAGAGGGAGAGAACAGCCGACAGCAAACAUUAUCAGCAGUAUCUCAAUGAGAUACAGUAGUUUUUCCUCUGUGGAAAUGUUAAUGUAACGACUGCUUUUAGCUCUCUUUGCCAGAUCAAACAGGAAAAGAUUUUAUAUUUUCUGUAGAUUGAACUUCCUUCAACUCAUCAAAAUGUGCAGAAAUAAAUUCAUAUUGUUUUUCUCAAA